AUGGAUAUCCGGCUUCUUUCAGAAGAGGAACGCACUAGCUAUGGUAGGCUCCAAAGUCCUUGUCAUACGGCAUCAGCUACAAUUGAAAAUAUGCGUUCUAUGUGUGUCAUUGGGGACUUGGAAGGUUUCCAGGACGCGAUGGACUCACUACUGUCGAGGUCUCAACCUGAAGUUUUCAAUAUUGGAAAUCUUCACGAUGUGAUGUGGGAAGCAAUUCAACAUGACAGAGUCGAGAUCGUUUCAAACCUUCUCUUCCAUGGCUUCCCAAUAAAGCCCUUUUAUGCUCAGAAGGCAACAAGAUGCAAGGCGAAGGCCGUCCUUGAACGUUUCCUUGAAGCAGGAUGGAAUAUAAAUGAACCGGUUGAUGUUUUGAAGCCUCCUGUACUUUCCUACGCAGUAACGGACACCGAGAUGACCAGUUGGCUUUUGGAACAUGGAGCGAACCCGAACGCGCGAUGCGAGGUAGACUGCACUCCAUUGCCCUACGCUGUUCGAAAUGCACAUCUCAGUGUUAUCAAACUGUUGCUGAGCCAUGGAGGGGAUGUGCAGAAAGGGCAGCUUCUUCAGUAUGCUGUAUCUCGAGACGAAGAACUUGAAGAUGUCAUAUCGUUACUCACCGAGAAAGGUGCGCCUUUGAAUGCGACAAUGUAUCAGGAUAGCUCGACUUUACAGCGAUUUUUUCCUAUGAGCUUAGGGACUGCAUUGCAUGUUGCAACAAAGCAGGGAAAGACAGAUGCCAUCCGUCUUUUGAUCCGUCUUGGAGCAGACACUGGCGUGAAGGACGCGAAUGGCGAUACCGCUUUGGAGUGGGCGAAGAAAUGGAAUGAAACGGAAAUGGUGCAGUUAUUGAGAGACUUGGAAGAACGUUCGUGA